AUGAACUUCACCGUGGGGUUCAAGCCGCUGCUAGGGGAUGCACACAGCAUGGACAACCUGGAGAAGCAGCUCAUCUGCCCCAUCUGCCUGGAGAUGUUCUCCAAGCCGGUGGUGAUCCUGCCCUGCCAGCACAACCUCUGCCGCAAGUGCGCCAACGACGUCUUCCAGGCGUCAAACCCGCUGUGGCAGUCUCGGGGCUCCUGCACCGUGUCCUCGGGUGGCCGCUUCCGCUGUCCAUCCUGCAGGCACGAGGUGGUCCUGGACCGCCUCGGAGUCUAUGGGCUGCAGCGGAACCUGCGUGAGAACAUCAUUGACAUCUACAAGCAGGAGUCGUCCAGGCCACUGCAUUCCAAGGCUGAACAGCAUCUCAUGUGCGAGGAGCACGAAGAUGAGAAGAUCAACAUCUACUGCCUGAGUUGCGAGGUGCCCACCUGCUCGCUCUGCAAGGUCUUCGGUGCCCACAAGGACUGCGAGGUGGCCCCACUGCCCACCAUUUACAAACGCCAGAAGAGUGAACUCAGUGAUGGGCAUCGCUAUGCUGGGUGGGCAGGCAAUGACCGCGUGCAAGCAGUGAUCACGCAGAUGAGGGGAGGGUGUGUCACCAUACAGGACAACAGCCGCCGGCAGAAGCAGCUGCUGAACCAGAGGUUCGAGACCCUGUGUGCGGUGCUAGAGGAGCGCAAGGGCGAGCUGCUGCAGGCCCUGGCCCGCGAGCAGGAGGAGAAGCUGCAACGCGUGCGGGGCCUCAUCCGCCAGUACGGAGACCACUUAGAAGUUUCCUCCAAGCUCGUGGAGACGGCCAUCCAGUCCAUGGAGGAACCGCAGAUGGCUCUCUACCUCCAGCAAGCCAAGGAACUGAUCAAUAAGGUCGGGGCGAUGUCCAAGGUGGAGCUGGCGGGGCGGCCCGAGCCCGGGUACGAGAGCAUGGAGCAGUUCACAGUGGGCGUGGAGCAUGUGGCUGAGAUGCUGCGCACCAUAGACUUCCAGCCGGGAGCUUUCGGAGACGACGACGAGGAGGAGGCGGCUAUGGAGGGUGAUGAAGGCGGCGCAGGGCCCGAGGACGAGCGCUCCUUGGAUGCGCCCGAAGCGGGAGCCCCUGGGAACCCAGACAAUACCCAGACCCGGGGGGAAGGCUGA